AUGACUUUGGACAUAGGCCUGCGGAGGACAUUCCAGUGGUUAUUCACAGUAGCUGAAGUCAAGUUCCCCAUCCUAGGUGCAGACUUGGCACACUACAAACUUAUUGUGGACAUAUUAAAACGCUCACUGUUAGACCAAACGACGAAACUUACAAAUUACGGAAUUACCUCCACCCUCACUUCCACUAAACUGUGCCUUGCCUUGCCGGUGGAUAAUCAUUUUAAAAGUGUGUUGGAUAAGUUUCCUUCGCUUGUCCGCCCUUUCACUUAUACCGAAACGGUGAAGCACCACACCGUACAUAAAAUCCAAACAUUUGGCUCGCCAGUCUCUUCCAAGCCGCGCAGGUUAAGCGCUGAGAAGUACAAACUAGCGCGCGCGGAAUUCCAACAUAUGUUAGACCGAGGAAUAAUUCGCCCUUCGCCUAGCCCUUUUCGCGUCUCCACUUUACAUGGUCCCUAA